GAGGGCUCUCUCUGACAGGAGGAGGAAGAAGGCCGGUGACGGGCAGCGGGAUCCGAGCUUCAAAAAGCCGGCUCCGCGUCUCUUUUUCCUCUCCCCGCUACAUUUCCUCCUGGAUCCAUGGCUGCUAAAGGACUGAACCUGUGUAACGUGUGCUGCCUGCUCCUCUACGUGAGCACGGCGGUGCUGGCCGGGCGAGAUUUCUAUAAAAUCUUGGGGGUGACCAAGUCUGCCACUGUCAGGGACAUUAAGAAGGCAUACAGGAAGCUGGCCAUGCAGCUUCACCCCGACAGAAACCCGGACGACCCCAAAGCUCAGGACAAAUUCGCGGAUUUAGGAGCCGCUUACGAAGUCCUCUCGGAUGAGGAGAAAAGGAAACAGUACGACGCAUACGGAGAAGACGGGCUCAAAGAGGGUCACCACGGCUCUCACAAUGACAUCUUCUCCAGCUUCUUCGGUGACUUUGGCUUCAUGUUCGGGGGAAACCGGCAGCAGCAGGACAGGAACAUCCCCCGGGGAAACGACAUUGUGCUGGACCUGGAGGUCACGCUGGAAGAGGUGUAUUCUGGGAACUUUGUGGAGGUCGUCCGUAACAAGCCGGUAGCUAAAGAGGCUCCCGGGAAGAGGAAGUGCAACUGCCGGCAGGAGAUGAGGACCACGCAGCUCGGGCCCGGACGCUUCCAGAUGACCCAGGAGAUGGUGUGUGACGAGUGUCCCAACGUCAAACUGGUGAACGAGGAGAAGACCCUGGAGGUGGAGAUCGAGCAGGGAGUGAGGGAUGAGAUGGAGUAUCCUUUCAUCGGAGAAGGCGAGCCGCACAUCGACGGCGAGCCCGGAGACCUCCGCUUCCGCAUCAAAGUGUUGAAGCAUCCGGUGUUUGAGCGGAGGGGAGACGACCUGUACACUAACGUCACCAUCUCCCUGGUGGAGGCGCUGAUCGGGUUCGAGAUGGACAUCGUGCAUCUGGACGGACACAAGGUCCACAUAGUGAGAGAUAAGAUCACGAAGCCCGGCGCCCGGGUGUGGAAGAAAGGAGAAGGACUGCCCAACUUCGACAACAUCAACAUCCGGGGCUCCCUCAUCAUCACCUUCGACGUGGACUUCCCCCAGACGCAGCUGGACGAGCAGCAGAAAGACGGGAUCCAGAGUCUCCUGAAGCAGGCCUCCGUACAGAAGGUUUACAACGGACUACAAGGAUACUAACACACACAGCCUGGACUGACUUCUACUCCACACAUACACACACACACACACACACACACACACACACACGUCCAACCAACAGGAGCCUCUCCGUGUGUCUGGCCAGGGUGUAUUUAUUCUUUCAGAUUGUUCUCAGGACGGCUCGACUCAUUUUUAAUCAUUUGUCAGCACGGCAGCAGACACUGGGCCGGACGCCGCUGUCUGUGAUGAACUGUUUUUCUUUGUUGGUCUAUGAAUUCCUCCCGUACCGCGGCCCAGUCCGUCAUCUCUAUCCCUCUAAAGUGAUUAACCUUUUACAAACCACCAACCGGGACCUGCUGACAACCGGACUUCAGCGUCUGUAUAUAAACAAACUUACAACAGAUGCAAGAUGAGAUAUUUCUGUUUUCUUUCCCCCCGUUUUAAAUUGCUUUCUGGAAUGUAACGGCUCCUGAGGAACUCCUGCUCAGUGACUCUUUGUAAAUAGGGAAGAACAAAACUCCUCUGUUGUUUUAGUGACUUUCUUUUGGCUCCGUCUCACUGUCGGAAGAGUUGACCUCUCAGAUGAAACAGUGAAAGGUUUGGUUUUGUUUUCUCCUUCCUGUUGGAGCUCUGCGAUGGAGGACCGGUCCCUGUGACCCUCUGACCCUCCGCUGCCACUCACCGGGACUUCAGGCCGCCGAGCCGGCGGUUUGGGGGUUUCUGACCGCGCUGCUGCCUCCACCAACUUUUAUGAGCGUCGUGGCCUUAAAUGUGAAAUAUCUGGCCGCUUUUUACUUGUUUAGGGGAUGAAGUGAUUUUGAUCGAUGAAAUAAAGAUUUCUACAAAUUGUCA